AGGAAGCGUUAUUUCAUUUCACCUCGAAGCACCGCGAGUCAGACACGCAACCGGAACUACUACUCACGCCACCAUCGUAAUAGUUGCCUUCGCCGUCUGCCAUCGUUAGUAAAUUUAAAUCUGAUGGACACCAAUAAUUGGAGACCUAAUCAAGGAACUGAACCUAAUAUGGAUAAUGGUGAUUGGAGAGGUCAACUCCAGCCUGAUUCACGCCAACGAAUUGUCAACAAAAUAAUGGACACUUUAAAAAGACAUCUUCCACUUUCUGGUCAAGAGGGGUUGCAUGAACUUAGGAAGAUUGCUCAAAGGUUUGAAGAGAAGAUUUUUACUGCAGCAACAAGCCAGUCUGAUUAUCUACGGAAAAUAUCUUUGAAGAUGCUUACAAUGGAGACAAAAUCCCAGGGCACCAUGGCCAACAACAUACCUCCAAAUCAAGGUGGUCCUAGCAAUAAACCUCCUGAUCCAGGACUUGUUAUGCCUCAAGUUCACAAUCCCGGGCAGCAACAUGCUAUUUCUUUGCCCAAUCAACCUCAGUCACGCCAACAGCUUCUAUCUCAGAACAUUCAAAAUAAUAUUGCAUCUCAACCUAACUUGCCACCUGUAUCAAGUCUAGCCCAGACUCCUAUACAAAAUGUUGGCCAGAAUCCAAACAUGCAGAAUAUACCUGGACAGAAUACAAUGGGUAGCACUAUUGGCCAGAAUUCCAACAUGCAAAAUAUGUUUGCUAGUUCCCAGAGACAAAUGCAAGGAAGGCAGCAGGUUGUUCCCCAGCAGCAACAGCAGCAAUCACAAAAUCCACAGCAGUAUCUGUACCAACAACAAAUUCAACAUCAGCUUUUGAGGCAGAAGCUUCAGCAGCAGCAGCAGCAACAGCAGCAGCAGCAGCAGCAACAACAACAACAGCAACAGCAGCAACAACAGAAUCUUCUACAAUCAAAUCAGCUGCAAUCUUCUCAGCAGCCUGUCAUCCAAACAUCAUCUGUUAUGCAGCAGCCUUCCAUGAUGCAAACAUCUUCUCUACCUAGCAUUCAGCACAAUCAGCAAUCUAAUAAUGUUCAGCAAUCAACACAAUCCAUGCUUCAGCAACACCCCCAAGUUAUCAGGCAACAGCAACAACAGACUUCUAUCAUUCAUCAGCAACAAACACAAAUGACUCAACAGUCAAUAUUACCUCCACAGCAGCAGCAGCAGCAACAGCUUAUGGGGUCACAGGCAAAUGCGACAAACAUGCCACAUACGCAGAUGCUUGGGCCACAGACUAAUGUUGGUGAUCUGCAGCAACCACAGAGGUUACUUGCACAGCAGAAUAAUCUUUCAAGCCUGCAACAGCAACAGUUAAUAAAUCAGCAAAGCAACCUAUCAAAUAUACACCAGCAGUUGGGCAAUAAUGUCCCUGGGUUACAGCCACAGCAGGUCCUUGGACCUCAAUCUGGCAACUCUGGCAUGCAAACAAGCCAGCACUCUGCACAUGUGCUACAACAAUCAAAGGUCUCAAUUCAACAACAAUCACAGCAGAAUGCAUCAAAUUUGUUACCACCUCAAGCACAGCAGUCACAGCCACAGGCUCCACAGCAGCAAAUGAUGCCUCAGAUUCAAUCUCAGCCUGCACAAUUGCAACAACAAUUGGGUUUGCAACAGCAGCCUAAUCCCUUGCAACGAGAUAUGCAGCAAAGACUUCAGCAGUCAGGUCCCUUACUUCAACAACCAAGUGUUCUUGAUCAACAAAAGCAGUUAUAUCAAUCACAAAGACCCCUUCCAGAAACUUCAUCAACUUCUCUGGAUUCAACUGCACAGACUGGACAGCCAAGUGGGGGUGAUUGGCAAGAAGAAGUGUAUCAAAAGAUUAAAUCCAUGAAAGAAAGUUACUUGCCAGAGCUGAAUGAGAUGUACCAUAAAAUUGCUUCUAAACUUCAACAGCACGAGUCUCUUCCCCAACAACCAAAGUCAGAUCAGCUUGAAAAACUGAAGGUAUUUAAAAUGAUGCUGGAGCGUAUUAUAACAUUCCUUCAGGUUUCCAAGAGCAACAUCACAGCUAAUUUCAAGGAGAAACUGGGUUCUUAUGAGAAGCAGAUCAUAAAUUUCAUAAAUACAAAUAGACCUAGGAAAACCAUGUCUUCACUGCAACCGGGACAGCUUCCCCCGCCUCAUAUGCACUCCAUGUCACAGUCACAACCCCAAGUUACUCAAGUGCAGUCUCAUGAUAACCAAAUGAACUCUCAGUUGCAAACAACAAAUAUGCAAGCCUCUGUAGCAACAAUGCAGCAGAAUAAUAUGACAAGCAUGCAGCAUAAUUCUCUGUCUGCUGUAUCUACGGGACAGCAGGGUAUGAUGAAUUCAAUGCAACCAAGUUCCAGUUUAGAUUCAGGACAAGGAAAUGCUGUGAACCUGCAACAGGUUCCGGUGAGCUCCCUUCAACAAAACCCUGUCAGUGCCCCUCAACAAACAAACGUUAACUCGUUAUCUUCACAAGCUGGGGUAAAUGUGAUCCAACCAAAUCUUAAUCCCCUGCAGCCUGGUUCUAGUAUGCUUCAACACCAGCAACUUAAACAACAGCAGGAACAACAGAUGUUACAAAGUCAACAACUAAAACAACAAUAUCAGCGGCAAAUGAUGCAGAGGAAGCAGCUCUUACCGCAGCAACAGCAGCAACAGCCACAGCAGCUGCACCAGCCACCAAAGCAGCAGCUGCCUACACAAUUGCAGACACAUCAAAUGCCUCAACUUCACCAAAUGAAUGAUGCAAAUGACAUAAAGAUGAGGCAAGGAAUUGGUGUUAAGCCAGGGGUCUUUCAGCAGCAUCUUACUUCCAGUCAACGGUCAUCUUAUCCCCAUCAACAGUUGAAACAAGGGAGUCCUUUCCCUGUUUCUUCACCCCAACUCCUUCAAGCUACUUCUCCUCAGAUUCCACAACAUUCAUCUCCCCAGGUUGACCAACAAAACCACCUUCCAUCUCUAACAAAAGUUGCUACCCCUCUGCAACCUGCUAACUCACCUUUUGUAGUCCCAACUCCUUCUCCUCCCUUGGCUCCAUCUCCUAUGCCAGGAGAGUCGGAAAAGCCCAUUUCUGGUGUUUCAUCUCUCUCAAAUGCUGCAACUAUUGGAUAUCAGCAAACAGCUGGUGCAGCAGCACCUGCUCAAUCCCUUGCCAUUGGAACUCCUGGAAUAUCAGCCUCUCCUUUACUUGCAGAGUUCACUGGUUCAGAUGGUGCUCAUGGUAAUGUUCUAGCUCCCACUUCUGGAAAGUCAACUGUUACUGAGCAGCCUAUUGAGCGCCUAAUUAAAGUGGUGAAAUCAAUGUCUUCAAAAGCAUUAAAUUCUGCUGUCAGUGAUAUUGGUUCAGUUGUCAGCAUGAACGAUAGGAUAGCAGGUUCUGCUCCAGGUAAUGGAUCCAGAGCAGCUGUUGGUGAAGAUUUGGUUGCCAUGACUAAUUGUCGUCUUCAGGCUAGAAAUUUCAUCACCCAAGAUGGUGCCAAUGGAACUAGGAGGAUGAAACGCUACACAAAUGCUACUCCCUUGAAUGUUGUGUCUUCUGCUGGUAGCAUGAAUGACAGUAUCAAGCAAUUAACUGCUUCUGAGGCUUCUGAUUUGGAUUCAACUGCAACAUCUAGAAUCAAGAGGCCGAGGAUUGAGGCUAAUCAUUCCCUUUUGGAGGAAAUUAGGGAGGUCAAUCAACGACUUAUUGACACAGUAGUAGACAUAAGUGAUGAAGAAGUGGAUCCAACGGCAGCUGCUGCUGCUGCUGAAGGGACAGAAGGGACCAUUGUCAAAUGUUCUUUCAGUGCUGUGGCCCUCAGUCCGAGCUUAAAAUCCCAAUAUGCUUCAGCACAGAUGUCACCGAUUCAGCCCCUACGCUUGCUUGUUCCUACAAAUUAUCCUAAUUGUUCUCCCAUACUCCUCGACAAGUUCCCUGUUGAAUCCAGCAAGGAGAAUGAAGAUCUUUCGGUGAAAGCAAAGUCAAGGUUUAGCAUAUGCUUGCGAAGUCUAUCACAACCUAUGUCUCUUGGGGAGAUAGCGAGGACUUGGGAUGUUUGUGCUCGUACAGUUAUUUCUGAGCAUGCGCAGCAGAGCGGCGGUGGGAGUUUCAGCUCUAAAUAUGGAACCUGGGAGAAUUGCUUGACCACAUGAUGAUCCUUGCCGUUCCAUGCAAACGUUUUUCAUUUCCUCUAAAACUUGCCAAAGCUUAUGUCAAUCGUUGGAUGCGAAGUUUUUGGGUGCAGUAAGUGUAUGAUAUCUAACUCGUUCCGUUUUAGUGGAAUUGUUUGAUGCAUUACUGUGUUUUGAGUAUAUCCAUUUUCUUGUUAUUUGCAUCACAAGUUGUGAUGUGUGCUGCUGCCUAAGAUGCUCGAUGUAGUAGAUUUCUGUAACUAAUUUGGCCUUCGUCAAGGCCUUGUUCAUAACUAAUUUGGUUAGCUCAACAGUUAGUCUUACAAUUUCUGCUGAAGAAAUGAGAAGGUCGUGAUGUUAAAUUUUGUGUGUGGGGAGCUUAUUAUGCUCGCUAACUUUAUUAUAUAACCUUUUCAUUUAGACCUAAAUUGAUGUUAUUAAAUGUUUAAUUAUGAAAAUUAUAAAUAGUUUUUAU